AUGACUCGAAAAGCGUACUACCCUGUCAUUAUCUGUCUUUUCUCUGUCUUUUUCUUUUUGCCGUCCCCGACAGAAUCCACUGUGAAGUGCUUCAAAGGGCCCGCCACAGCCCGCUUUGGGCCCGUCCGCAAGUAUGCUUUUUUGUCUUGGCCACCCAAAGAAACACCCAAGUUUUUUUUGAAUUUGGCGCCAAAAUGGGGGUGUCCCAGUGGAAGGGAAAAACAAUUCUCAUUGAUUUUCGCCAAUUUCACUUUUUUGGCUGAAAUUUUGGGAAAAUUCCACCAUCAUACCCCCCCCCCCUCCCUCACAGUUACGGCCCCCCCACUUACUGGAAUAACCCCCCACCCCAGCGACGAAUGUGUGGUCACUUCGAAACAAAGCAAAGUUUGUUGCUGUAAUACUGACCUCCAAACUGAGUUACCGGUGUAA